CGCCGCCGCGCUCGGUGUCGCGCCGCCCAAUAGCGGCUGAGGGGGCGGGGCCACGGGAGCGAUGGCGGCGACGGAGGCGGCGGCUCCGCUGAGCGGGGUGGGCUUGGCCGCGACCCCCGAGGCCGCCCCGGCCGGCUGGACCGCGAUCACCGCCAGCGUGGAGGGCGCCGCGGCCAACCUGGGCAAAGGCUUCGGGCACAAGGGCGGCGCGUUCCUGUGCGUGAGCGGCGGAGCCGAGGCGGCUCCCGGGCCCGUGGUGACCGACGUGCUGGUGCUGAGCGAGCGGAGCCCGCAGCCCCCGGGGUACACCCGCGCCCCCGAGUUCCCGGAGCUUCGCCCCGGCCUCUCCCGGAAGAAGCGGCUCUACGUGAAGCUGUCGCCGCCGGCCGCCGCCGCCACGGCCGUGUUCGCGCUGCAGCUGAGCUCCAGGAGCAAAGCCCUCCCGCACCACAUGAAGAUAGGGGAAGUGGGUAAUUUUGCCAUCUGGUGUAAGAAGGGGCCGGUGGUGAGAGCCCCGGCCGAGGGGCAGCCGCUCAGCGCCGGCCUCAAGCAGCUCUCGCUCUCAGACCAGUCGGCUCGAGGCGGCGUCCGCCGUGGCCCUGAGCACGAGGCCCUGGCCGACUCCUCCAUCUACGGCCUCUCGGCUAUGGACGGCGUCCCCUUCGCCCUGCACCCCCGCUUCCAGAGCAAGCUCCGCUCCUCCAGCACCGGCAGCCUCGCGGAUCUGAGCGUCAAGUCGCUCGCAUACAUCGAGCGGGAGUACGAUUACGGGUUCGUGGUGGAAAGGACGGCGGCCGCCCGGCUGCCCCCUGGCGUCUGUUAAUGCCGGAGCUGAAGCAGCAUCAUCCGGCCCCAGCAGCCGCCUGGGGACAGAAAUUAAAGGCGUUUCUCUUCUCCCCCGCCA